UAUAAUUUUGUGAUUAUUAUUUUACUACAAAAUGGCAAAGAAAAAAAUAGAGGAUCUCGAUUUGUACGCAAUUCUUGAUGUUCAAUUUACAGCUACAGAAGCAGAGAUCAAAAAAGCGUACAGGAAGAAAGCAUUACAAUGCCAUCCUGAUAAGAAUCCAGACAACCCCAAAGCUGCUGAAACUUUCCAUGAGCUAUCGCAAGCCUUGGAAAUACUUACCGAUGUAUCAGCAAGGGCGGCAUAUGAUAAAGUAAUUAAAGCAAAAGCAGCGGCUAAGUUAAGAGACAAAGAAUUAGAUAGCAAAAGAAGAAAGCUCAAAGAAGACUUGGAAAGAAGAGAAAAUGAGGCUGCAUCUGGUUAUUCAAAAAGCAAUUUAACUGACGAACAAAAACUAGCUGCAGAAAUAGCAAGACUACAGAAAGAAGGCAGUCUCCUCUUACAGGAAGAGCAGCGAAGAAUGAGAGAAGAAAUAAAAAAAACUAUCAAUAACCUUAGUGAACCAGUAUGGGAUUCAAGUUUAAAUAGAAUUAAAAUAUCAUGGAAGGCAGAAAAGAAUGAUCCAGAUAAUGGGGGUUAUAAUGAAAACAACCUCAGGAGAUUCUUGAAAAAGUAUGGUGAAAUUGUGGCAUUGAUCAUAUCACCAAAAAAGAAAGGCAGUGCUUUAGUUGAGUUUGCAAGUAAAGAAGCAUCUGAGAUGGCAAUAGAGUUUGAAAAAGGUUUGUCAGAAAACCCGUUGACAUUAAAGUGGCUUCAAGAUAGACCAUUUUAUACACCAAAGUCAGCUUCACAUGCUUCGACAUUGGUUAACGAUAGAGAUUAUGAAUCUUUGGUUCUGACAAAAAUGAGGCAAGCAGCUGAACGGCAAAGAUUAAUAGAAGAAAUGAUGAAAGAAGAUGGUGAUGUUAAAUAACAGAAAAUUAAACAUAAUUUAAGCAUAAAUAGUU